GUAGCGGCUUCUGGCACACCGGCCGAGCAUCGAUUCAUAAGCGACCGAUUCCUGUCCUGGCGGCAGUCGCUUCUCGAUCUCGGGCGAGGUCGGAAUGAACGACGGCACAUACUGGAGAGAUGUUCCAGAGGCGACAGGGACGACGGGCACUUGCCAGUGCCUGCCCCUGGUAAGAAGCUACGGCUCUGUACCAGGGGCAGGUACCCAACCUAACGUCCCCGGACUGACAUGUGGUAACUCGACCCCUGAACGGAUCUCGGACUGCCCCUGGCAACUAACCCCUGCCAGGCCCCCCUCCCAGCCUCCAGGAGCAGACGUCAGCCAAACACCUUUCCCUUCCGCGCCGCAAGCCUUCCUUUGCCUUCUGGUGCAGCUGCCCUGCUUGGACGCGACCAGAAGAAAUGAAUCACUUCUUUUGUUCGCUGUUCUGAAGGCUGAAGACAUUGGAUACCUCCUGUGGUCGUUAUUUACGAUUUGCGAUUUCGAUGAAUUGACAGACUCACCGAUAUCAGACCGUCUUUUAAUCUAAUUCAUAUACUCUUUACGAUCAAAAAGAUACAUCAAGUGUCCAUAACAACACAAUUUCUUUGUUCAUUCUCUCUCGGUCAGCGAUGUUUCUGGACGGCGCUUCAUUCCCUGCGUUUAUGUAUUGGUGAAGUUCCUUGUGAUCCUGUAGAUUUUCCUCAUUGUACUUAGCACUAUGUUGUAUUUCAGGUACAAUAUGUUGUGCUGCUGUGUAUGAGGCUAUCUGAAGUUGUUUCUAUCAUUGUUGAAUAAAUUUUAUUUUCGUU